UCAACUACGUCUCUUCAAUUAUCCCGCUGCUCAAUCCAGCAUGCGCUUCGAAUACAUCUGCAAUCGGGGAAGAAACUGUUAGAUCCAACGUUGGCACCUCAUAAAGAAUUAACUCCUUCAUAUUACGUGCGGCAAUAUGUGAAGACGUCGUUUCCAUCCCCCCUCUUGAUGUGAUAAUAGAGAGGCUUGGCCGCGUGACGCUUCCACCGCGAGGAGGAAGCGAUAACCUUCCGCCAUUUAUCGACGUCUUUAAUUCGCCGCCCUACCGUCGCCCCUCGUGUCCCACCCUCAGACCCACUUCCUCACCCCUCCCCGAAAUAUACUGCCGGCUACUUCGAGAUUCGACGCAGAUGCGAUUGUAGAGGUUUGGGGGUCGGCGGCGGGGACGAUAUUGGAAGCGCGGAGGGAGCGGGUGGCGGCGGUAGGCGCCAAAGUGUGAGGCGGCGCGGGCCGGAGGCGUCGAAAGAAAAUCAGGAGCUGCAUCAAUACACAGUAAAGAAGAGGAUGUUUUUGCCAGAUUCAUGCUGUGAAAAGUAGUUGCCUGCUGUUUAAUUCUACAGAAGGACAUUGCCAAAUCAGGAGCUAUGGAUUGCUACAGUUUCACCGAUGAAAGCUCUCUCCAAACCGAAAUGCAUCUGCCUUUGCUAUCAGACAGUGAGUUGCCCAUUGCAAGUAAUAUCCAGAGACAAGAAUUCAUCCCAGACCCUGAUGAUAUUAUUUAUGCAGGAAUGACAAGUAUAGAACUUGAUUAUAACCUGGAGACUGCAGAAAUUCCUGGCGAUCCAUUUGCUGACAAUGUAGAUCUAUCCCUCUAUACUGUAGAUAAGGGAUGUGACUCCCCAAAGAUUCCCAGUGACUCCACGGACACAGAUUCUCCACCCGUGUUGCUAGGUAUUAGUCCUGUACCUCAAAAAAAUAGCCCUGAGAAAAGUGGAGGUAAAAGUGAAGGGAAAUAUGGAGGGCUGCAGAAGAGAAGGCGUCUCUCCACACGGCAUUCUCCGCAGCAAGCAUUCCAGGAAUGUAGCCAAUGCGGAAAGUCAUUCAGCAGUGCCAGUGCCCUGAGCAAACACUACCUGACGCAUAGUCAUGAACGUCGGCAUGUCUGCAGGAUCUGCAAUAAGGCCUUUAAGAGACAGGACCACUUAUCUGGGCAUUUGUUAACACACCAAAAAAAUAAACCUUAUGUUUGUAUGGAACACGGAUGCGACAAGAGCUAUUGUGACUCCCGGUCUUUGCGACGUCACUAUGAGGUUCAGCAUGGCUUGUAUUGUCAGAGGGAGCCUUUUGCUGACAACAGCUCGAAAGAAGUGGACUCAACAGAGGGUGUGCUGUACCCCCAGACUGGCCAAACUCAGACCCUUCAGUGUGAAGUGGGAGUGGCACAGAGGCCGACAACACAGGUUGAGUCUCUUUCUCAAAGAUCUUGUCUGCCUAACCGAGACAUGCUGAGGCCCCUAACGAGCAGUGUAAGCCAAAAAAUACCUUGUGAAACUGGUGCUACUGGAAGCAAAAUUACAUUGCACUAUCCCACACAAACCCAUGCUACAGCAAGUGUGCUUACUAGUCCAAAUAUUUGUUUGUCAGAGAGGUCAAGCACUGUUAGACAAGCCAAAUUUGGCAUAAUGCAAAGAGAGCAUUCUUCUUCUGGUUUAAACUGUAACAUAACUGAUCCAUACAGCAGAGUAAACCCUUCUCACUUUUCUGUAGCAGAUCCCAGUGUCUCCUGUGUAGAAAAUCUAGAUUCUUAUCUUUUGGAUUCAAUGAUUCCUGGUAGACCUUCGCAGCCUGCACAAUAUACUUUGGAAUCAUCAAGACCAGCAAGUUGGCCUCAAGAUGUGAACACAAAUCAUACAUUAUCAAGAACUGAAACUGGAUCCACCAGACAACAACCGAGUCAAGAUCUUGUGUGGACCAAUAACUUGGCAACUUACAGUGGCAGCAAAGGAAGUUAUUCUUAUAUUGUCCCCAAUUCCCAGCCUCCUGAAGAAGUUUCUGCCACUUUUUCAAGUGGUGCUUUGCAUAAGCUGGACUCAUUUGCCCAAGCCUUUACAAGGCAGAAUUUGGAUAUUCAGUCAAAUUCCUCUGUUGCGAAGAAUCAGAGUGAAAACUCAUCAAUGUCUGAAUUUGAUGCUUGUGGAAAUGUCUUCAGACAACUUUUGAGUUACAAAACUAAUUUGAAUCAGUGGCAAGCCUAUCCUGAACAGAAACGUGAAAUACUGCAGGAGCAGUACUCUCUGCACCAGCAACAUCAACAGCAGAUAGCAACUUCACUGUUUACGCAAGUCUACAUGGGAGAUCAGGAGGCCUCCCCGAUGCAAAACCAAGAUCAAUUUCAAAACCAUAUGCUCCACCUGAUUUCUGAUACCCAGUACAAUCUGUCUCAAUCCCAAAAUUCGGUAAGCCAGUCACAAGUGCUAGUUACCCAGUCCCAGCAUGUACUUGCCCAGAAAAUUCCAUCCCAGAUCCAGAAUAAUGGAACCCAAUCUCAUCAUCCCUCAGAACUAUUACAAGACUUCCAGCAUUCCUUGAGACAGGAAACCACUUCUCCAUUUUUACAGUUUCAAGCAACAAAACAGUGCCAACUCUCCAAGAAUAUUCUCUCUUGCUAUCCACAAGAGACAGAAUGUACAGACCAGCAGACAGAGACUGGUUUACAGCCUGUGUCAAGGGGAAUCUCAGAAUGUCACAAGAAAUCCAAGAAGAGUCCAUUCAAAGGACAAUGUCCUCCUCAGUCAAUGUGUGAAGAAGUUGUUGUUCAGAAUCAGCUUCAGUCACAGUCAGAGCAGUUGGAAGGUUGGUCACUUCCACCCUGUAGCAACAAAAGAGGCAGAAUCUCUAAUAAAGAUGUGUGUGUGAAGCAUUACAAUAUUGCAGGUAAAUCCAGUAAGAGUGUUUCAAUUUCUCGAAAGGAACGACAGAAAUUAGAUCCCAAUUGCACUGCUCCUCCUAGUCAGGUGGCUAUGAACUCCUUUCCUGUUCAGAAUUCUUUGACGAGGAGUAUGGAAGACUGUCUUCAGAAACCAUCUUUUUAUGCUAAUGUACAGGAUGAAGAUAUUUACAGUCUUUCCAGCAUACCACAAGAGGCAGAUGGAUCAUCAACAGUGCUGUGCAGGGACUUGGUGAGUAGCAGCACUUCCCAUAAUUUGGAUGAAAAUGAAGAAAACUUCAGGUGUGAAAGGUGUCAAGGUGUUUUCCAUUUUCUAAAAGGACUAAACUGUCACACUUGUCCACAAGAAGGAAUGGGAAAACAGCUUUCAUUGGAAGAUGGUGUUAAGGCACAAAAGGUGACUGAUAAUGGAAUUGAGAAAAUGGAACAUGGUGGAUUGUUCUUUCAGUAUCUGGAGGAUAAACUCAGUGCUCUUCUGCUAAAGAAGCCACUUGAGGAAAAUGUGGCAGUGCCGUUAGUGAUUCCAGUGUCAGUGCCUGUAAAAUCCAAGAAAGAUGGCACAUCUGUUAAAUCUGAAACUUCACCAGUUACACCAAGGAAGUCAGUCACAACAAAAUUGACUGAUCUAUUAGUAUCUUCAAAUGACAGCUCUGCCCAGGUCACUGAAACAGGCAAACAAGCAAAUGUAAAUUGUAGAGGCAAUUCCAAAAAGCAACGUAAGAAGCGAUCUCGUCCAGACCCUCUCUUUAUCCCAUCACCGGCAUCAAAUCAGACUGGGGUGCUGCCAGGGAUGGUACUGUAUCAGAGCCAUAUGCGUUCCCCUGUUUGUUUAGCAGAUCACCUUCUAGAGAAAAACUUUCAACCUCCGCCAUACACACCUCCCCCGAUGUUGAGUCCCAUCCGUCAUGGCUCAGGACUUUACUUCAACAGGAUCUGUUCUUUGUCUGGGAGUAAGGCAUCACACAAUACAUACCCUCCUAAAGGAAUUCUGGCCAGUGUUGUAGAUGGUGUAGAUGGAAUUUGUGGUAUCUCUGUGGUUAAAGAUGACUCUAUAGUCACCAUAGAACCGCAUAUUAACAUUGGAACACGGUUCCAGGCAGAGAUUCCGUUAUUGCAAGACAAGUCAUUACUUGAUGAUAGCGUUCACCAAGCAGAUCUAGUAUGGAAACCAUGGGAUGACAUUGAAACUAAUAAAAUCACUCAGAUGAGAGUGACAGAUCUGUUGAAUUUAGCUUGUUCGAGUGUGCUGCCUGGAGGAGGUACCAAUUUGGAAUUAGCUCUGCAUUGUCUACACGACACCCGGGGAGAUAUUUUGGCUGCCCUGGAUAUGUUACUAAUGAAAGGUGUAAGGCGAGACCCUUGUCACCCCUUGGGAGAUUACCACUACACUGGUACUGAGAAGUGGACUACGGCAGAGAAAAGGUUGUUCAAUAGGGCAAUUUGCCUUAACAACAAGGAUUUCUUCCUGAUGCAGAAGAUGAUAAAACACAAGACCGUGGCACAGUGUGUUGAAUAUUACUACACCUGGAAGAAACAGCUAAAGUUUGAGUGGAAGCGAACACACUUGCUUGAGGAAGACGAGAUAAAGCCUGAGACAGAGAGUCCCGCUGAUGGAAAAGAAAUAAAAAAGCUGGUUAGAAAUGCUGCUAUUUAUGCUCAGUCAUUCUCAGAGAGUACAAGCAUUCCUUCCCAGACAAGCGUGAGCAGAGAAAAACUAAAGAAGAAAAUUGUACGGGCUAAGCCUAACCCUUCUCCAUCAGUUCACUGUCAGACAGGAGUCCAAGACAAGAAUGAGAAAAAGUUUACUGUGGGAAAUUUCCCAUGUAAAGAAUGCACAAAAGUAUUUGACAAAGUGAAAAGUCGAAAUGCUCACAUGAAAUGUCAUAGGCAGCAGGAGGAGCAAGAAAGGCAGGCAGAGAUGAAACGAUCGAGGAUACGUGUGAAAGCUGAGCCAAAGGAGGAACCAGAGGAGACAGUCUUGGUCUUCACCUCCAACAAUAUGUCAAACAUUACCACAUCAUAAAGACAUUACCAGCAUCUAGUAAUUAGCAGAAGUAGUAGAGGCUAUAGGUGGAGAACAGGGACCUAAGUUUCUGAUUGUUCACAACAGCUGGCACAACAUGAAGCUAUAUGUGCCUAUGCUGUAAAAAAGUGAUUUUAGGUAUUUUGAUUUGGUUUGUCCAAAAGUGGGGCAGGAAUGCACAUUAUUACAUGGGACAUCUCCUUAGUCUAAACUGCCAGAUGCAUGGAAACAUGCUUGAGCCUGCAGAUGAUAGACGUUUUUUUUUUACAUCUUACAUUGGAUUGCAAUCUUCAAAAUGAAAACCAGUCCUGAUUUAUGUUCUUAGUGUAAUCUAUAUGAUUUGCUGAUGAGAUGGAGAAACCCUCAAUCAGUAAUAACAUUAGACCUAUAAUGUUAAAUCUGUGCUAUCUUACUCAAUAUGCUUGCAGUUAACCAUAUCUCAUUAUAAUCUUGUUGAGAUAAAGAAUGUUCUGUGCUGCCCCAUGAACCAUUUGAUGGAUAGAUAAAAAUUG